AUGUUGAUCUAUUGCUUUUUUCUCUUCACCACGUUUCCGUCUGGGCUUCUUGGAGGAACGAAACGCGGCUUCAAAGACUAUACAGAAUACGAACCUGGAAAUAUGAGUCUCAUUAUAACUGCUCCUCAUGGAGGCGAGCUGACACCUUCAAAACAAGAAAAUGGAGAUCCAUGGCCAGAUAGAACGGCUGGCUGUUUAGGAAGCAGCGGGUGUAUAUGGAAGCACAGCUGUGGUGAAGUAGAUGCUGAAAAGUGCCCAGCAAUCACAGAGAGCGACUUAUUUACUGCAACGGUGGCUCGAGACAUUGCUGAUGGAAUUGAAACAAUAACAGGUAAGACGCACCUAACACUUGAGAUAACAGUAGGAAAGAGUCGGAGACCCUCCUUAUGGUUUUCCUGGGGCUUGCCAUUUGAUAAGCAGUACUGAAGCAGGGAGAUGGAAAAAAAAGGGGAGUGAAUCGUGUGACCGAAAGGUAAUCCUGAUCCUGGAAUCCAGGAAAUGUUUGCUUGUGGAAUCCGGGAUCCUUGGCCUUGGAAUCCGUAACCGGAUUCCAUUUUCCACCGCUAAGGGAUCCGGACUCCAGUACUUGGAAUUCGGAAUCUACAGCGUGGAAUCCAGAAUCCAAGACUGUUUUGGAUUCCCUUACAUAGAGCGAAUCGUUAACCCUAACGCACCAAAAGUGAGACGUUUUUGAGCGACGCAUGUCAACCGGAAGUGGUCUUUUUUCAUUUUUGGACGGUGUUUUUGCCCAAUUUUUUUGGACAAAUCGUCUCUAUAACAGUAAAGAUACUUAGAAAUACAAAUUUGGUGUGUCAAGGUGCUUUAAAAUGGAAAAGUUCUCACUUCCGGUUGACGUGCGUCGCUCAAAAAUGCCUUUGCUUAAGCUCCCUAAUGAAUGUCUUACAGGACUGCGACCGCAUGUUGUGUACUGCAGACUGAGCAGGUCCAAAUUAGAUGCCAACAGAGCGAUGGGACCAGCAACUCUGAGUGUUGCAGACGCGGUAACAGCGUAUCGAAAUUACACCACAUUCAUCGCCAAGGCAGUAUCAGCCAUUCCUGGCCGCGGAUUGCUUCUGGACAUUCAUGGCCAUGGUCAUAAACUACAAAGGACGGAGCUUGGUUACCUCAUCCACGGCACCGAACUUGACAGUGGUGCUUAUGAUGGGAAUAAUUCCUCUAUCAAAAGCCUUAGCAACUUCUGGUGUGGAAAUGACAAUGCCUGCUCCAGGAAGCUGAUCCGUGGCAACUGGAGUCUUGGUCAUUUUAUGAAUGAGGAAGGUUUGCGCGCGGUUCCCUCUCCACAAGAGCCAGUACCAAAGGUCAGCAAGACGUCUAUCUUCCUCUCUGGGGGCCUCACGGUGAUGAAAUAUGGGUCGAAAGAGGAGGGCAAAAUUGAUGCCAUUCAGAUGGAGCUUCCUCAGCAGUUGCGACUUAAUAAGACUGCAUGGCAAGAUUCAAGAUUAAGGUUGGCUAAAGCCAUUUCAGGGUUUUUUAAGAUAAACUACCUACGGGAUAAUAGAAGAACGAUAAACUUAUAG